AUGGGGUUUCGCAUCACAACAUGGAACGUGAAUGGGAUCAGAAAUCCAUUCUCCUAUGAGCCAUGGAGAGGAACUCGUACUUUUCAGUCUAUGUUUGACAUCCUCGAAUCUGAUAUUGUUGUGAUUCAGGAAACCAAGAUACAACGCAAGGACUUGCGUGAUGACAUGGUUCUCGUACCUGGGUGGGACUGUUACUUCAGGUAUUCGGGCUUGGUCAUAUACACACGCAACUCUACUUGCGCCCCAAUACGAGCCGAAGAAGGUAUCACAGGGAUACUUUGUCCGCCCAACUCAUCAGUAUCCUUCCGUGAUAUGCCUGAGGAGCUUCAGAUUGGUGGGUACCCCACAUUAGGCCAGCUCAGAGAUUCUUUCGGUUCUGUCAGGGAGAGUGAAGCGGAUGAUGGAGAUGGUCGGGAUAUCACCUCCGAUGAACAAGUUGAUGCUGCGACCCUUGAUUCUGAAGGACGGUGUGUUGUACUAGAAUUUCCCGGUUUUGUUCUUAUAGGAACAUACUGCCCUGCAUACCGGGAUGAAAGUCGCAAUAGCUUCCGUAUGGACUUCCUCAAUGCUUUGAAUGUCCGUGUACGGAAUCUUGUGUCACUGGGGAAGCGAGUCUUCGUGACUGGAGACAUCAACAUCUCCAAGGCACCUAUCGAUUCUGCGCAUGCACUCGAAAGUAUUCGCAAAAGUGCCACCACGGCAGAGGAUUUUCUCUCCAGUCCUCCCCGAAAGCUAUUUAAUGCCUUGGUAACGGACGGAACGGUCGUUGGUGGCGGAGAUAACAGCAGAGGACGACCGGUUCUUCAUGAUAUUUGCAGAUCUUUUCACCUGGAUCGAGCAGGGAUGUAUACUUGCUGGGACACUAGGCUCAAUACCAGACCGGGGAACUAUGGCUCUAGAAUUGACUAUGUGCUUUGCACCCUUGAUAUGAGGGAGUGGUUUGUUGAUUCAAAUAUUCAAGAAGGCCUCAUGGGAUCUGACCAUUGCCCUGUCUACGCCGUCUUCAAUAAACAAGUACUAUACGGUGGAGAAAUGGUUCAUGUUCUAGACGUUGUGAACCCGCCGGGGAUGUUCAAAAGUGGCGUACGGCAAAGGGAAUAUUUGUCUAGAGAUAUACUGCCGACAUCAGGACGCUUGCUUCCCGAGUUUGACCUGGACAAGCGGCAAAAAAAAGCAGCAACAGCAACAGCAACAGCAACAACAACAACAACAACAACAGCAGCACGCCAAAUUCAUACCAGUGGUCAGCCAUUUGUUUCCAUUGACAUCACUACUCCAAGAUCUAUGUCGGGCAAGAGACCGCCACCUCCGUCAUCCACUCCUGCCAAACGCUCAAAGUCUACAGCAACGAUACCGACUGCUUCGUCAACAGGCCAGAAAACACUUGAGGGGUUUUUUAAACCAAGGACUACUAGUGUUGCCAGGUCAUCAGUGCCAUCCAAGAAUGCAUCAAUGCGCAGCAUCGGUAAUACUCCUGAAACCAUUAGAAAAACAUUCUCAGGUCACACAGCAAGUCACCCAAAGGUCGCAGCUUCUAUCUCCAGCUAUGCAACAAAUCAGUUUGGGCCUGAUGAUCCUGCUACUCUCAGAGAGACAUUACCAACAGAGGUAUCUGCGAGCACAUCUAAUAAUGACAUCUUGGAGGAUGCACUUAGUAGCAAAGAAGACUGGUCAAAGCUCUUUACCAGAAAGCCUGUACCUCGUUGUGAUAGUCAUCAAGAGCCAUGUAUCAGCUUGACCACUAAAAAGCCCGGGGUGAACUGUGGUCGUGCAUUUUGGAUUUGUCCUCGGCCAUUAGGACCUAGUGGCGAGAAGGAGAAAGGUACACAAUGGCGAUGUCCGACAUUUAUCUGGGCAAAAGACUGGAAUGGACCACAAUAG